AUGGACGAGACCGUGACAGUCAAGCGCGUGGGGCGCAAAGAUACCACGAAAGGCCCGCCCUUGCGCAUACUGUCGUUGGAUGGCGGCGGUAUCCGUGGAUAUUCUAUGCUCAUCAUCCUGCAAGAGCUGAUGCACCGAACUUUCGUCGAAAUGGAAGGGAGGGCGCCGAAGAGACACGAGAUUCCUCGGCCUUGUCAAAUGUUUGACUUGAUCGCUGGAACGGGCACGGGCGGCCUGAUAGCGAUCAUGCUGGGAAGAUUGCGCUUGGAUCUCGACACCUGCAAAGAUGUAUACGUUCGCAUGACUCGAAGAGUCUUUCAGACCAACAAGACCGUAUUCGGCGUGCCAUGGAAAGGAACCAUGUUCAAGGCCAGUCUUCUUGAGGAAGUCAUUCGAGAGGUGGUGCGCGAGCAUACAGUUUUCGAUGACGAAGGAAACGAUACCCUGGCGAAUGCAACACCUAUGUCACCCAACACGCCUCCAAAUCCGAACAUCCCUCCCAUACCGCAUCGCACAUUGAGUCAAAGCAGCAGAUACAGUCAGAUUGGCAUGACUCCAAUGAGCAACCCUCGUAGCUCCAUGUCAUUUGGUGGUCGCGGCAAUCCUAAUGCUCUUCUCUACGACACAAGAGAAAAUCGCACCAAGACGGCCGUCUUCGCGGUAUUGAGAGGCACAUCGGUCAUCAACAUGCUGCGAUCUUAUGACAGCCGGAAAGAACCUGCGCCUGAUGUCAACUGCACCAUAUGGCAGGCAGGUCGUGCCACAUCUGCUACACAAAUGGCAUUCAAGCCCAUUCAAAUCGGACAAUCAGUCUAUCUUGACGAGGGAGCUGGGAAGUACAACCCGUCAGCAAUGGUUCUGGACGAGGCGGUCUGCAACGAAUGGCCGGGUAGAGAAGUGGGUGUGUUCAUCAGCAUCGGUACUGGGAAACGGCCCCCGACCUCCAACAGGAACCAGCAUGAAUGGUGGGAGGACUUUCUUGGUGGCAGCAUGGGCGAAUUCGCUGAAGCUAGACGGAAGCUGAUGGCCAAAAUCGAAGGCUGCGAAGAGUCUCACAAGUUCAUGCUGCGAGAGCAUCUCGCCACUAGAGGCGUGAAUCCUGAGAACUACUUCCGGCUGAACGUGGAGGUGGGUGUGGGCGAGUUUGGCAUGGACGAGUGGAAUAGGCUUGCAGACAUUAGCACAAGCACAAGACAGUACAUCCAAAGAAAAGACGUGGAGGCCAUGACCUGUAGCGCCGCCUCAAAGAUUGCAAAAAUUCAUUUUGCAAAGAUCAGAUAUGAUCGGGCGGAGGCAAGAAAGCAUGCUGGGACAGACGGAAGCCAAUUUGCGCAGCAGAACCCGUGGGACCGACCGAUUAACACGAUACCGCCCCCUCAAAACUUCGCGGUGGAAAUGGAGGGCGAUUCCCAAUAUCGGCCUGGACAGCAUUACUCGGCAAACUCCUCGUACGUGCACCGACCAUCCAUCGCUGAUCAGAAGUACACUGUCACUGGCGACGGCUACGACUCAUACCCCCCUCAAGGCUAUUCGUCUCAGCAGAACCCGGCGCGAGUAUCCUUUGAGAACUCUGGUUCCGUUCGCUUUUCGAGCAACUCUUACGAUCCCUCACCACGACACAGCGGCGACCUCCAGCAGCAACAACCGCCUGACUCACCGCCUCCAGUACCGCCAAAGACGCCAGUCAAUGGAGGACUGCCAUAUCCAGCAAACAAUUCCCCGCCGCCUCUACCCGGCCGACAAAGUUCGCCAUCAAACGCAGGUCCAAUGACGUUUAUGAAUAUUGGGGAGCUGGGGAAGAGAUUGCCAUACCCAGACGUAGAAGGACCGCCUCCAAGCGUGAAUACGGCCAACAAGCCGCAGCUUUCGCAGUGAUUGAACGAGCAAUGAUGAUACCCCAGAAGCAUUUGCGAAAAGUUUGCGUGCUGUAACAGUAU